UAAUUCCUUCCCCACCCUUUUGUUUUUUCCUGCAGAUGUUGAAUUUAUUUAUUUAUUUAUUUUCGGGUCGAUUGUAAAUAUGCUCAUAUAAUAACUAAUUUAAAGUACAAAUGUGUAGUUGGCUUUUUGUUGUUGCUUGUAGCUCUUCCAGAGUUACUGAUGGUUCCAAGUCUGGGUAAAAGAAGAGGAUUGGGCAUGGGGUCGGUAACCCUAUCACGUAUAGAAAAAAUCUUGCUAAAAAGACACCAACCAGAUUAAACAAGUUAAACCAUUUAAACUCUGCUUUCAGAGAUGAAGGGAGAACUAUGACGCCUCAGGAUGAAAGCCGAGUCCCUUCGGAAGUCAUGAGACCGAUGCCCCUUCUAACAACCAGGGCAACAAUUUUUUAUAGGUAUAUGGAAUCUCCGGACAAUGUGAUAGACCGUGAAGACCAGUCAAAUAUAAACGGAAAUGUGGAGAUACAACAUGGCAGUACUGGCAAUCUGCGAAACUCAUUGGACCCAAGCUGGACAACAAAGGCUAGAUACGGGAGAGAUGCUGCUAUACUCCGGUCAUGAAGAGGAAAAUGCUCCACACACUCAGGGAGUUGCUCUGAUGCUGUCCAAACAAGUACGAAAUGCACUUACUUGGUGGGAAUCUCACGAAUCCGGAAUCAUCAAAGCAUCAUUCAAAACAAAGGAGGGAAUCACGAUGAACGUUAUCCAAUGUUAUGCACCCACCAAUGAUAGUAACGACGACAUUAAAGAUCAGUUCUAUGAGAGGCUGCAAUCAAUCAUAGAGAAGUGCCUAAGAAAGGAACUCACCAUUUUGAUGGGAGAUCUAAAUGCCAAAGUUGAAAUAGACAACACCGGAUAUGAAGAUAUUAUGGGACGACAUGGACUGGGAGAGAGAAACGAAAAUGGAGAAAGAUUUGCAAAUCUAUGUCCAUUCAACAAAUUGGUCAUAGGCGGCAAAAUAUUUCCACACAAACGUAUACACAAAGCUAAAUGGGUCUCAUCGGACCACACCACGGAGAACCAGAUAGAUCAUAUUUGUAUUACUAAAAAAAUCAGAAAGUCAAAGGAAGAUUUGAGAACCAGGAGAGGAGCUGACAUAGCUCCAGAUCACCACCAGCUGGCGGUUGCCAAGAUGAAACUGUAACUAAAGAAGCAUUGGACAAUUGGGGAAACAGCAUUACAUAGGUCCAACACGGCUUUCCUUCAGCAUACUGACAAACUCAACCAAUUCAAGAUAAAUCUCAACAACAGGUUCCAAGCCUUACAUGAUCUACUGAAAGAACAAAAAAACUACUAUGGAGGACAACUGGAAGAGGAUCAAAGAAGCAUUGACUUCAACGUGUUAGGAGGUUCUGGGCCUCAAGAAGCAUCAUCAUAAGGAAUGGAUCUCUAUGGGAACCGUGGACAAGAUACAUGAAAGGAAGAAGAAGAAGACAGCAAUUAACAACAGCUGAAUAAGAGCAGAGCAAGUCAAGUCAAAAGAUGAAUACACUGAGGCAAACAAGCAAGUAAAGAAGAGCAUUAGAGCGGACAAGCAGAAAUAUGUGGAAGGGUUAGCAACGACAGCGGAAAAAGCUGCAAGAGAAGGAAAUAUGAGAUAGCUAUAUGAUAGAACGAAGAAACUAGCGAGGAGAUAUAGUAAACCAGAGGGACCGGUCAAGGACGAAGAAGGCAAUCCAAUCACUGACAUUCAAGGAUGGACAAGCAGGUGUGUGGAAUAUUUGCGGAACUCUUAAAUAAACCGAAUCCACCGGAUAUCGAAGCAGCACUUACAGACCUUCUGUUACAUGUCACUCCACCAACGGUCGAAGAAGUCAGGCAAACUAAGAGUUGGAAAGCAGCAGGACCUGACCAUAUAUCAGCCGAAGCACUGAAGUCAGACAUCGAAGUAAUCGAGAGUACGCUACACGUUCUAUUCAGGAAGAUAUGAUGGGAAGAGCAUGCGCCACAGAUAGACUGGAAAAAAGGACACCUGAUCAAGAUGCCAAAGAAAGAUCUGAGAAAAUGUGAGAACUACAGAGGCUUCACACAAAUGUCAGUACCAGGAAAGGUGUUCAACAAAGUAUUGUUGAACUGGAUGAAAGACUCAGUGGCUGUCUACUAUCUCUCUUCCUUUUUCUUCUGGUGGUCGGCUGGAUUAUGAAGACCUCGACAUCUGAGGGAAAACACGGCAUACAAUGGACAGUUCAGAACCAAUUAGACGAUUUGGACUUCACAGAUGACCUAGCUCUCCUAUUCCAUUCACGCGAACAAAUGCAGAUGAAGUCAGAUAGUGUAGCAGCAGCCUAUACAUCGGUAGGCUUCAACACACACAAAGGAAAAAGCGAUAUCAUGAAUUAUAAGACAAUGAACACCAACCCAAUCACAUUUGAUGGGAAAGCUCUGUAAGAGAUAGAAAGCUUUACUUACCUGGGCAUUAGUAAUAUCGAUGAACAUGGAGGAUCCAAUGCAGACGUAAAGGCGAGGAUUGGCAAAUUGAGGGCAGCGCUUUUAAAAUUGAAGAACCUAUGUAACUCUAAACAACUGUCUGAAAACCAACAUCUAGUCACAAUCUUCAAUACGAACCUCAACACAGUUCUACUACAUGGAGGUCAACCUUGGAGAACUAACACAACCAUUAUAAAAAAUGUACAAAUAUUUAUAAACAGUUGUCUACGUAAGAUAUUGGAUGCCCUUUGGCCGGAUACCAUCAACAACAACCUACUGUGGGAGAGAACAAACCAGAUUCUAGCUGAAGAGAGACUUAGUAAAAGACGUUGUAGGUGGAUAAGACACACAUUGAAGAAAUCAUCAAACUGCAUCACGAGGCAAGCUGUAACUUGGAAUGGUGAAAGGAAAUGGAAAAUAGAAAGACCAAGGAACACACUGUGCCGAAAAUUGGAAGCAUAUAUGAAAAGGAUGUAUAACAAC